UUGGCACAUGCGCAGUGGAAGGUUGCGGAUGGGCUUUCAAAGGCGGCUAAGACCACGUUUCCCAAAAGGCUACUCGGCACGCGUCACUAAGUGUGCGCAAGAGCAUGCGUAGCAAAUGCGUUGGGCGGCUGCGUCGGCGGCGGCCGCGGAAGUACAAGCGAAAGGCUUCCACGCGGGUUUUUGGCUCCUUCGAUCGGGUGCUUGUGAGCCUUCGGAACUUGUGGUCUCGGAGUCGCCGCGAUGCCUAAAGCGAAGGGAAAGAAUCGACGGCGGAAAUUCGGUUAUAAUGUUAACCGUAAGCGGCUGAACCGGAACGCGCGGAGGAAAGCAGCGCCGAAGAUUGAGUGUUCCCACAUCCGUCAUGCCUGGGAUCGCUCCAAGUCCGUGCAGCAGAACCUGGCGGAGAUGGGCCUGGCCAUGGACCCGAACCGGGCUGUGCCUAUCCAGAGAAAGGUAACAUUAAUGGAUGUGGAUGUUAGCAAUGAAAAAAAGCCAAAGAAGAUAGUACGGAAACCCUAUGUCUUGAAUGACCUGGAAGAAGAGGCAAGCCUGCCUGAGAAGAAGGGAAAUACCCUUUCACGGGACCUCAUUGACUACGUACGCUACAUGAUUGAGAAUCAUGGGGAAAACUAUAAGGCAAUGGCCAGGGAUGAGAAGAAUUAUUAUCAAGAUACUCCAAAGCAGAUCAAGAGCAAGAUAAAUGUAUACAAACGCUUUUAUCCUCAAGAGUUUCAAACCUUUAUUGAUUCCCUGGAGAAGAACAAAAUGGAAGUGGAGUGAGGGAUUUGUGCCACAAGUUGUGUCUUAGCCAAGUGACUUGUUCAGACCUUGGUGGAUGUUGGCUUGGAGAACCAGAUGGAAAACUACUUCUGUAAGAAAGGAUUCCUUUCCAUGCUUUCCUAUGGAAACCUUUCCUCUAGGUUUUACCCAAUCUUUUCUUCCCAUCUAGUGGUGGAUCCUAGAGACUGCUCCUUGAAGUAAAAAAUAAAUUUUAGGGAGUUGGGGGGGAAGGGAAGAAGCCAGAACAAGCUGCCUCUAUUGGAAGAGAUUUUUUAAAAUGAAGCCUUUGAACAUUAAAUCUCAUGUGACAUUUGAAGCUUUCAAA